AUGAACGAGGAUCUUUUGAGUUGCAAACGCGAGGCUGUGGCAAUGACACAAAUGGAACAACCACCGUUGGAUGGAAAUAGCAAGAAAAAAGGCUAUAUUAAACUCAUGAAGGAGCUAUGGGAUGCGAAAGGAUAUAAUGAUUUUGGCUUCUCAAGCCAGAAUUUGCGUGAUCAAGCUGCAAGGCUGGAGAAAUCUUUGGAGCUGGGGGACUCGAGAAACGUAUCAAGAGAUUCUGUUGCUAUAAACCAAAGCAAUUUACCGGAGUUGAAUAAGGACAAUUUAAUACGGGAUUCGCAAACGGGAGAGGGCUCAAACGGUUUCGAUAU